AUGUUCUCCUCUGUUGCUUUAGUUGCAUCGCUCGUUAAGAGUGCCGCUUUUCCUACCAACAACAACCACAUUCAUGACAAUACCAAAGUUGAUAUUUCCCCUGAGCUUGUCAAGGCUGUGACAGCUGAAUUAAAGAAGGAAAUUGAUGCUGCCUCUACUGCUGGCAGUCAAACAACCAUUGUGGAUGAAGAUGCUUCUAUUUUGUUGCAAUCCAGAGUCAAACAAGCCAUUACUUAUCUUCUGACAGCUAACUCUCAAGACUCUCAAGUCCGCCUUAUAAAUGCUAAUCAUGCUGUUGAAUAUGUUGCCUAUGGUCUUUCUGAUCUUGUCUUUGUCUAUCCCGGUUCUGCUUCCGGUUAUCUCGGUCAAGAAUUACCUAGCUGGACUUCUUCUGUUCGCAAUGCUUCAGGCCAACUUGUCAAGGUUGCUGAGAUGGAAACCCGUGCUGGUGCUCUUCAAGCUGUUCAAGGUGCUCUUGCUGAUGCCCAGAACAAGACUGUUUCUGUCUUGGCUUCUUCUCAAGCAUUAUUGUCUAUGAUUCCUAAUUUGCAUACCUUGGCUGUUGAACGUCAACCUGUUGUCUUCCAUGUAGCUGCUCAAUCUUAUGACCAAGAUUUGGUAGCUUCCACCAACGUCGAUGCUGUUCUUGCUGCUCGUAACACUGGUGCUAUCUUGUUGUCUUCCUCUAAUGCUCAAGAAGCCCAUGACAUUAGCAUUGUUGCUCAUUUGCUUGCUCGCUCCGUUGGCUUGCCCGUCAUUCACUUCUUCAACGGUGUUGUUGCUUCUAAGCAAAUUGAAAAGGUCAAUUUGACUUCUUAUGCUCAAUUGACAAAGUUGGCCGACAGCACUAUUCCCAACAAGGUCACUUAUACUGAAGCUUAUCAAGUUGCCAAGAAGGUCCUUGCUCAACUCAACUACAAGCCCUUUGAAUACAUUGGUGCUACUGAUGCUGAAACUGUCUUGGUUACUUUGAAUGCUUCUAAUGCUGCUAUUGAACAAGCUGUUGCUCGUGCAGCUUCCUACUUGAACGUUAGCGUUGGUCUCUUAAAUGUCCGCGUCUUCCGCCCCUGGUCCGAAGCUGACUUUAUUGCUUCUUUACCCAAGUCUGCUCGCCGUGUGGUUGUCCUUGAAGAAGGUGCUGGACUCUAUGCUUUCAAUGGUCCUCUCUAUUUAGAUAUUGCUGCCUCUAUCCGCUUUGGUCCCAUUGCUCGUGAUCACCGUCCUCGUUUAGUCAGUGCUCAAGCUGCUGGUUUUGUUCACCUUCAUGCUACUCACAUUCCUUCUCUUGUGAAAGAAGCUGAACAUGAAACCUUUGUCAACCUUGCUGCUGAGCCCUUCACUCUUGCUGUCUCUGACGAAACAAUUGCUCUUGAAAAGAGUGAUGCUGCUUGGAGUGCUAUCUUUUGGGAUGUUGGUCAAGAUGGUUCUUCUACUGCCAUUCACAAUGCUCACCUUGCUCAAGCUGUUCAGCCCAGUAUUCCUGUUGCUGCUCGUGUAACUCAUGAUGCUUACCGUGUUGGUGGUCCUGUUACUCACACUCACCUCACUUAUGGUGCUAGUAAAUCUGCUCCUCACCAAUACAUCGCCAUCCAUGAUAUCUCUGUCAUCAAGGAAUACAACACUUUGGCUCAUGCCGCCAAGAACGCUACUGUUGUUCUUCAUGGUCCUUGGAAGCACGGUGAUGAAGUUGAAGGCAUCUUGUCUAACGAGUUCAAGUUUGGUUUGACCCAACUCAAUGCCAAGUUGUAUACCAUUGAUGCCGCUCAAAUUGAACCUACUGAUGAAGAAGAGAAGCGCACUUUGGCUGGUGUGGUGUCUGAUGUUGUCAAGGCUGUGUCUGAGGAAUUGUCUGCUGUCGAAUUGUUGCCUCCCUGGACUAUCUUGGAAAUCAGUGAUGUUUUCUUGCCUGCUUUGCCUGUGGACCGCCUUGUUGGUGCUGAAGAGGUUGAUGAGGACAUGUCUGAAUCUACUGUUGCUGAUGAUGAUGAAGAAGGCGCCGGUGUUGAAUCUAACAAGUGGCAUAAGGCUGCCUGGCAAUUGAUGUUCAACGAGGCUUACAAGACUCAAACUGCUAUCCGCCCUGACUUGCAUGAAAGCACCUAUGUUAUCCAUGUCAGUGAAAACCGUCGUUUGACUCCUGAUUCCUAUGAUCGUAAUGUCUUCCACAUUGAGUUCGAUACCUCUGACUCCAACCUCAAGUAUGAACUUGGUGAUGCUCUUGGUGUCCAUGGUCACAACAACUAUGAAGAUGUCCAAGCCUUCUUGAACUGGUAUGGUUUGAAUGGUAAUGAUGUUGUCUCUGUAAAGGAUAGUGAGAAAGGUACUGAGGAAGUCCGUUCUGUGUUCCAAUUGUUCAGUCAGAACUUGGAUAUCUUUGGUCGUCCUUCCAAGAAGUUUUAUGAAUCUCUUGCUGCUUUUGCUACUGAUCCCAAGGAACGUGAACAAUUGUUGUACUUGGUUUCUCCUGAAGGUAAAGAAGACUUCAAGAAGCGUGUGGAUGAAACUGUCACUUAUGAGGAACUCUUGCGUGAAUUCACUUCUGCCAAGCCCUCUGUUGAAGCCCUUGCCAAGAUUGUCUCUCCUAUCAAGCCUCGUCACUACUCUAUCGCUUCUUCUCAAAAGAUGCACAAGAACUCUGUCCACUUGUUGAUUGUUGCUGUUGACUGGGAAAUCAAUGGCAAGAAGCGUUAUGGUCAAUGUACUCGCUACUUGUCCAACUUGCGUGUGGGUGACAAUGUUACUGUUUCUAUCAAGCCAUCUGUCAUGAAGUUACCACCUCUUGAUACUCAACCUGUUAUCAUGGCUGGUCUUGGUACUGGUAUGGCUCCUUUCCGUGCUUUCAUUCAAGAACGUUACAUGGCUAAGGCUGCUGGUAAGAAGGUGGGUCCUGUUGUCCUUUACUUUGGUUCUCGUCAUCGUUCUAUGGAAUAUCUUUAUGGUGAAGAAUUGGAAGCUUAUCACGCCGAUGGUGUCUUGUCUCAUAUGGGUCUUGCUUUCUCUCGUGACCAGAAGGAAAAGAUUUACAUUCAACACAAGAUGAAGGAAGACGCUGAAAUGUUGAGUGAAUACUUGUUGAAUCAAAAGGGUCAUUUCUAUCUCUGUGGUCCUACCUGGCCUGUUCCUGAUGUCAAGGAUGCUGUUGUCUAUGGUCUCACUCAAUAUGGUGGUGUUGAUGCUGCUAAGGCUUCUGCUCUUAUUGAAGAAUGGAAGGAAAAGGAGUCUUACAUUCUUGAAGUUUAUUAA